AUCCUCACGAGGAGCACGAUCAUCAGAAGACAUUCUGAAGAGUCUCGUGUGUUCCAAGUAUUCUGAAGAAUUCUCAACCAUGAAGAUCUUCGUGGUUUACGCUAUUCUUUUCCUUGCCGUGGCUCUGGCGGCUCCUGCCGAGAAGGAAGUCAAAUCUGCCGAGAUGGAAGUCAAACCUGCCGACAAGGAAGUAAAACCUGCCGACGAGGUAGUCAAACCUGCAGAUACGAAUGUUAAAGCAGAAAAGAAUGAAAAAUAUGAGAAGCAACGUGCUGAAAAUGCGGCUGUCUGUCGCAAGGAGAGUGGUGUCACUGAGGAACAGAUUGAGUUCCUGUUAAAGGAGCCCAAAUCAGAACAACCCCAGGUCGCCAAGUGCUACAUCAACUGCAUAGUUGGACGUACCAAGGAGGCAAAAGAUGGUGAGUUCAAGAAGGAAACCUUUGACAUUUAUUACUCCAAGGAUGGUAUCACCAAGGAACAAGCUGAGAAGUUCGCCAAGGAGUGCAGCGCACAGAAAGCUGACGAUCCUUGUGAGCAAGGUUACCAGUUUUUUGUCUGCUUCAAUGAGAAGUCCAGCAAGUUGAAGAAUCCAAGCGAGUAGUCGAAGAUC